AUGAAUAGUAUUAAUAAUAAUAAUAAUAAUAAUAAUAUUGUUGAAGGAUGGUUAAACAAACAAGGAGGAAGAUUUUCAAAUAAUUUCCAUGAUAUCCUUCCAAUUGGUAUAGUCUAUCUUUCGCAAACCAGCAUUGAUGUAGACACUGAACAACUUAUGCUCAUACUGACAGCAAUAUCAACUAAAAGACUCUAUGCAUUCAAGGUCAACAGUGUCGAGAGCCGCUUCGAAAAUACAAAUCAUCAUAGCUUUAAAAUUGUCUGUGAUACCAAACAAGAUCUUGAAAAAUGGGUAUCAGCUAUUAGUCAAUCAGUCAAAUCUAACGAUAUUUCAAAACUAUAG